CAAGCAUCCCCAAAAAGUACCUGGAAGGAGGUUUUUUUCUUUUCUGUAAGCAGCAACAGCAGCAGCAGCAGCCUCUGGACCCUGCUGGGGCCCCAGCUCAGCUCAGCCGUCUGUGUGCAAUGAACGCUUCUGGCUGCCCGCUCUCUGCUCAACCCACGCUGCCUAAUGGCCCGGGGCACCCCGCAACCCCUUCCGUCAGCAACCAGAGCGGCGGCGGGCUCUGCGAGCAGGUCUUCAUCAAGCCGGAGGUCUUCCUGGCCCUGGGCAUCGUCAGCCUGAUGGAGAACAUCCUGGUCAUCCUGGCUGUGGUCAGGAACGGCAACCUGCACUCGCCCAUGUACUUCUUCCUCUGCAGCCUGGCGGUGGCCGACAUGCUAGUGAGCGUGUCCAACGCCCUGGAGACCAUCAUGAUCGCCGUGGUCAACAGCGACUACCUAACCUUCGAGGACCAGUUCGUCCAGCACAUGGACAACGUCUUCGACUCCAUGAUCUGCAUCUCCCUGGUGGCCUCCAUCUGCAACCUCCUGGCCAUCGCGGUGGACAGGUACGUCACCAUCUUCUACGCGCUGCGCUACCACAGCAUCAUGACGGUGCGUAAGGCCCUGGCGCUGAUCGCGGCCAUCUGGGUGUGCUGCGGCGUCUGCGGCGUGGUGUUCAUCGUCUACUCCGAGAGCAAGAUGGUCAUCGUGUGCCUCAUCACCAUGUUCCUCACCAUGCUGCUCCUCAUGGGCACCCUCUACGUGCACAUGUUCCUCUUCGCCCGGCUGCACGUCAAGCGCAUCGCCGCGCUGCCGCCCGCCGGCGGGGUGGCCCCGCAGCAGCACUCGUGCAUGAAGGGGGCGGUCACCAUCACCAUCCUGCUGGGGGUAUUUAUCUUCUGCUGGGCUCCCUUCUUUCUCCACCUCGUCCUCAUCAUCACCUGCCCCACCAACCCCUACUGUGUCUGCUACACUGCCCACUUCAACACCUACCUGGUCCUCAUCAUGUGCAACUCUGUCAUAGACCCCCUGAUCUACGCCUUCCGGAGCCUGGAACUGCGCAACACGUUUAAGGAGAUCCUCUGCAGCUGCAGCGGCAUGAACUUGGGGUAGGCUGCAGGGUCAUGGAAGCCAGACACUGGUCUGCUCACUUCUGACCCUUUAUCCAGCCAAGGUGUUUAGAAAGAAG